CCUGUCGGCACAGACGCUUCCUCAGGUCCACUUCAGAGCUGGGCGGUUGGUGGCCUGAGAGGCCUCCCCACCCUCCAGAGUCCAAAGACCGCAGGUGUGGCUUCCUCAAAGCCUGCUUCCUCACCCACAGGCCACCUGAUCGUCAGUAGGUCUCUGCCUGAGGCAGCUGGCAGAGGAACCACACUGAACUCCCUCCAGCAGUCGGGAUCACUGGCACCACCACCAGCCUUCUUGGGGGCCCAGACACCAGGCUGCAGGGCAGGCAUUCAGGAGGCUGACCUCAGCAGUGUCAACAUGUCCAGGCCCAGCAGCAAAGCCAUCUACCUGCACCGGAAGGAAUAUUCCCAGAGCAUGGCCUCAGAACCUACCCUCCUGCAGCACAGGGUGGAGCAUCUGAUGACAUGUAAGCUGGGGACACAGAGAGUCCGGGAACCGAAGGAUGCCCUACAGAAGCUUCAGGAGAUGGAUGCACAGGGUCGAGUGUGGAGCCAAGACCUGAUCCUACAGGUCAAAGAUGGCUGGCUCCAGCUGCUGGACAUCGAGACUAAGGAGGACCUAGAUUCUUACCGCCUGGACAACAUCAAGGCCAUGGAGGUAGCACUCAACACCUGCUCCUACAACUCCAUCUUAUCCGUCACUGUGCAGGAGUCUGGCUUUCCAGGCACCAGCACUUUACUCUUCCAAUGCCAGGAAGUAGGGGCAGAGCAGCUGAGGACAAGCCUGCAGAAGGCCCUGGAGGAAGAACUAGAAGAAAGCAGACCUCGAUUCGGAGUCCUUCAUCCAAGCCAGGACAGGCGGAAGGGGUAUCCUCUGGAAAGGCCACUCCCUAUACAUCAGACACCCCCUCUGGAGCAGAGGUCCCUUCCAGAGCAGAGGUUUCCUCUAGAGCAGCCACACCACGUGACCCCAGAACGCAGCAUCCCACCAUCCCCAAGGUCCCUGACACACUACCCAAGUGCCCGAGAACCAAGCGUCUUCACUCUGCCUCCUCCUCCAAGGCGUGCUCCAUCUCCUGAGGACCCAGAGAGGGAUGAGGAGGUACUAAACCAUGUCCUCAAAGACAUUGAGCUGUUCGCUGGAAAGCUGAAGGAGGCCAAGGCGAAGGACAAUCAUAAGAAGAGAAAACUUGGGAGAAAAAAGAACAAGGCUCAAAACAAGCUAACAGAAGCACAGUACGUUGAUUGCUUCCAGAAGAUCAAGCUGAGCUUCAACCUCCUGGGGAAGCUGGCCUUACGGUUGCAGGAAACAAGUGCCCCCGAGUUCGUGGACCUCAUCUUCCAAACCCUGAAACUGAUCCUGUCCCAGUGCCCCGAGGAUGGCCUUGCAGCCAAAGUGAUUUCACCCCUCCUCACCCCCAAAGCCAUAGACCUGCUGCAGUCCUGUCUACGGCCGCCCGAGAUUGCUCUCUGGAAGUCACUCGGCACAGCCUGGACCACCAGCUGGGUUGACUGGACAGGCGAUGAACCACCACCCUACCGACCCACAUUCUCCGAUGGAUGGCAGAUUCCAGAGCCCUACUCCAUGGAACCCCUAAGAACCCAGGAUUCUAUUUCCCUCAGGAGGAGCAGCAGUCUGCGUUUUCCUCAGGAUGAGCCAUACAACCACAGCUCCGAACAUGAGGACUCACACCUCCCAGCCUCCAGCCCCAGGCCUGCCAAACCGGCCCUGAAAAUGCAAGUCCUGUAUGAGUUUGAAGCAAGGAAUGCACAGGAACUGACUGUGGCCCAGGGAGAGGUUCUGGAGGUUCUGGACCAGAGCAAGCGUUGGUGGCUGGUGCAGAAUGAGGCAGGACAGACUGGUUACAUUCCCAGCAACAUCCUGGAGCCCCUGCCGGCGGGAGGCCCUGGAAGCCGGAGACCAUCAUCCUUUAGGGCUCCAAUGCUUCGUCUUAGCUCCAAGCCUGAGGAAGUCACAGCCUGGCUACAAGCAGAGAACUUCUCCACUAUCACUGUAAGGACCCUUGGGUCCCUGACGGGGAAUCAGCUACUUCACAUGAGACUUGGGGAGCUGCAGAUGCUGUGCCCACAGGAGGCCCCAAGGAUCCAGGCCCGGCUGGAUGCUGUCAGGAGGAUGCUGGGGAUGACUCAUUAGAUACCAGCUCAAAUACCUUCAAGACCAAGGACCUCUCAUAUCCAAGAUGGAGUAUUUGGUACCCAGUCAGAGCCCUCAAAAGUCCUCUUUCAGUUUGUGGCAAACCACAGAUCGCACAGCAAAGAAGAUGAACAGAUCCAGACUUUGAGGCAAACAGUACCCUUGUUGGGCUGGAACUCCUCUCCGGUUACUAUUUAUUUUACCCCUGUCAUAAGCUUGGCAUGCUUAUUCCUAAUCUCUUCAGUCCCACUCCUUUCCAAUAAAAUGCAACUUUAAGACUGUCAUA